CCACCAUUCACGACACUCUAGGGAAUGACAGAUACGGCUACCUGAACUUUGUCUUCCUCAAAACUUCCUUGCAAGGCCUUCUAUCUAAGCAGCCAUCAAUGGAAGCUUGGCGGGCCAAUCUGACUUGGGGAGACCUGGGUGGCGUCCGAUUGACUACUGUAACAUUCCCGCCCCAUUCGAGGCCACUGUCCACGCAAACGGGAUGGGAUGAUUCCUCAAUCUCUGGUUGCCGGUAGUUCGGUAGCCUUGGUAAUCACACAAUGCUUCUUAUUGUGGACACAUGGAUCUCGGAAAUCCAUCCGCAGAGGCGAAAGGAUCGCACUGUUUCUAGCGGUCAUCCUUUCGAGCAUCCUCUUACUCCAGAAUUGUCGAGUUACUUUCUUGAGCUCCUUGUUUCUUCUCGCUUUUGUGUCAGGCGGCUCCUUGUUAUUCAUGCACCGUUCAAACAUCAUGAACUCGCUUGGUCCUUCGAAGUUGCCAACGAAACCCGGAAACCCAACGGUCCACAACCAAUCGAGACAACAUUCUACCACGCUUCUACAAACGCCUGGUGCAGUGCUGCCUUACAAGCCUCUAGCUGAAGGUCAGAUACGGUUGCUCAAGUUCGCGGAUGACGGAGGCUCUGACAGCGGGCCUCUUCAGUUUGAGCUCUAUCACGCGAAACUGAGCCAAAGACCUGACUAUGUGGCUUUGUCGUACUCUUGGGGGCAGGAUGCUGCUCAUGGGAGAGUAAGCAUACUAGUGAGCAACCAAAGGUACGAAGUCUCCCAAAACCUUGCAGAGGCGCUUCGCAAGCUGAAGGAAAACAAAAUCUCCACCGUCUGGGUUGAUGCCAUCUGCAUCAAUCAACGAGACACAAUUGAGAAAAGUCGGGAAAUAGUCAGAAUGUUCGCGAUCUACAGGAUGGCAAAAUUAGUCGUCGUUUGGCUUGGUUCUGAUACCGGACCGGAGGAAGAAAUGCGAGAACUCCUGAGGGCGACAGCUGAUCUGGAAAAACCGGUCAAUAAACAGCAUCAGAAUAGCAAUCUCGGUUCCAACUUGGAAGCCCUUGAACGACUGUUGUUACAGAGAUAUUGGCAUCGAGUAUGGAUUAUCCAAGAGGUUGCAGCAGCAAAACGAGCAAAGAUCUUCUGGGGCUCCUACAUUUUCGACUUGCGAUCACUGGAAAUACUAUUGCGGGAGAGAAGUCGUUCCACCGGCGAAGACGAGAAAUCUCCUGGGCUUGCUCAGAAAGUUAUAUCUGUUCGGGCUGCCUGCCGAGAGCAGCAAAAGCCACGGCUGAUGGACAUUCUCGCAAUGACGAGCAUGUCCGAGACGAGCGUCUUGAGAGACAAAGUCUAUGGGCUCCUUGGCCUUGCGUCAGAUUGGGCUGAUUUCGUUCAAGAGCCCAAUUACUCACAAGCGGUGUCGGAGAAGGAGCUUUGCUUGGAGAUGACAUCCAAUCACAUCAAUUGGUACAGCUCCGCAGACAUCGUGUUCCUCAGGAGUGUGGACCACCGACAGACAGAGCUGCCGUCAUGGUGUCCUGACUACUUCCACUUUCGACCGCACCAAUUCGACCGAAACCUGAUUCCCUACAUAUGCGGCCGAGAUGUCAAUCUGGGAUGGGAGAGGAGGAGGGCCUUUGGCCAAGAGUCGCCAAAUAUGAACGAAGUCAUCCCGGACACGUUCCACAUCAACGGCGGCAAACUCACCCUGAAAGGUCAGUAUAUUGGCCGCAUCUCAGCUUUGGGCACUUUGGUGGGAGACCGUCCAGCUUCUAGAUUUUCCAGCCGCUUUUCUACCUCCGAUAUCACGGAUCCUGACAUUGGGAAAGCGUUCCGUCGGCUGCUGCUGAUCUGCCACAACCAGUCUUUUGGCCUUCAACCGUCCUCGGCGUUCUUCUCGCUUCUCUUCUCGAUGCCCGACCACGUCUUUCAGCACAGAGGCUACCUUAGGGUGAAAGGGUGGUUGGAGCGCCACAAGGACCUCCUGGGGAGAUUCGAGGUGAAAGUGGCGCCGAGCUCGGACGCAUACACCUUCAUUCCGCGCCGAGGCGGCGGCCUGAGUCCCGCGUCCAAGGUCUUGCCCGAGUGGCGCGACUUCUUCAGCUUGAGCGAGGACAACACCAUCAGCCGGAGAGGCGAGCAUCCCCUCUACUCCAUGCUCGAGUCCAUCUCGUCCAUCCUCGACGAGCACCUGCGCCUCAUGUUCAUCCAGGAUCAAGCCCUUCUCGGAUGGGCGCACCGCGACGCACAGCCCGACGACACGGUCUGGCAUCUGGAAGGGUGUACGCUCCAAGCCAUCCUUCGCAAGUCGGUGGAGCUGUCUGAGGAACAGGGCGAAGACAUCUACAGACUCGUAGGCCAUGCGUAUGUCGACCCUGUGCUGGCUAGUGGCCGUUGGAUGGCGAAAGAGACGAGAAGCAGGCUGGUGAAUCUGUGCUGAUAUACACCUACGCUCUAAGACCCCGUAAUUCCUCGAAAUGAGAAUCUCACAUCGAUGUUUUGGUCUACCCCGUAUUCCCCAUACAUGCCAAUCCAAAUGCCAUGACC